GACCCUUCUUCAAACACUUUAAAACAUAAACAAAAAGCUAAACUUAUAACAAACCCCAAAAUUCCCAUUAAGUAACCAAAAUAACACCCUCUUUACCCAAUUCUUCAAUUUUUGUUUAUUCAAAAAUCGUUAAAUUGGCUCAUUAUCGUUAUUAUUAUCACAGUGACAGCUAACCUCAAAAAUGUCAUCGCACUUGCAAGGGGGCCGUGUCGACAUCUCCCUCAUUCAAACAGCGGCCCGUAACAACCUCAUCACUCUCCUGGAGAAAUGCCCGGGCCCCAAAGCCAUCGUUUGGGACAACUCCCUUGCCGGCCCCGUGGGGCUCAUCGCCCAAUACGCAGUUUUGAAGGAACACUCGGUUACUAAAAUGUUCCCCUUGCGUCCCACGCCACUCCCGGAGACCGAUGUGGCCCAUGUGAUUUUCAUAACGCGCCCCAAAUUACACCUAAUGGACUUUGUAGGCUACAACGUGCAUGCUGAUAGCAAGACCAAAACUGGCUCCAAAAAACAAUACCAUGUCUUUUUUGUCCCGAAGAAGAGCCUCCUGUGCUUGGAGCGACUCAAACACAAUGGGGUUUACGGCAGUGUGAGUCUAGUUGAAGAGUUUCGAUGCGAGUUGUUCCCUUUUGAUUCAGAUGUUGUCUCAAUGGAAAUUUCGGAGGUUUUUCGAGAGUACACACUUGAAAAUGACCCGACUUAUCUCUACCAAACGGCGCAAGCUAUCAUUUUUUUGCAAAAAUUGUACGGCCCCAUUCCCCGGGUUUGGGGCAAAGGUCCGGCCGCUCGCCAAGUCUGGGAGUUAGUGACACGGCUUCAGCGUGAGAAAAACGCCCCCUUGAAGACCAACCAGACUUCCACCAUCGACCAAAUUCUACUAAUCGAUCGAGGGGUUGAUCUAAUAACCCCCUUGGCCACCCAACUGACUUACGAGGGGCUCAUCGAUGAGAUUUUCGGGAUAAACAACUCAACAGCUCAAUUCCCCAUUGACAAUUUUUUGAGUAGUGAGGAACGCACUUCUGAGUCACUUUCCGAAGACAAGAAACAAAUAAUCUUGAAUUCGGCCGAUAGAUUAUUUUCGGAUAUCCGUGAUAGGAAUUUUAACGCUGUGGGGGCCUUCCUGUCCAAGCAAGCGAAGGCGAUUAGUGCCCAAUUGGAUAACAGUCAAGAGCGAUCCGUGCAAGAAAUGAAGUUGUAUGUGCAAAAACUGCCCCAGAUUUUGGCCAAAAAGAAGGCUUUGGCCCAUCACACCGCCAUCGCAGAGUGUAUUAAAGAAGUGACUGAUAGUUACGAAUUUUUGGAUACUUUACAGACGGAACAGGAGUUUUUGAAUUGUAUUGAAGUCGAUAAGGCCAGUCCUUACAUCGAGGAUUUGAUAGCACAUGGCAAACCCCUGGUCAAGGUCCUGAGACUCAUCUGUUUGCAAUGCAUCACGAGUUCAGGACUCAAACCCAAAGUGCUCGAACACUACAAGAGGGAACUGGUACAGGUGUACGGCCUGCAGGCCCUCCUCGCCAUCACAAACCUGGAGAAGGUGGGACUUUUGAAGGUCCAGUCGGGGACAAGACAGUACACAGUCCUGCGCAAAGCCUUAAGACUCACAAUGGAAGACACGUCGGAAAUAAACCCGACGGAUAUUAGUUACGUACAUAGCGUUUACGCCCCCUUGAGUGUGCGUUUAGCGGAACAAGUGACGAAAAACGGGGGCUGGAAGCAAUUACAAGAUGUUUUGGGGUUGUUACCGGGCCCCACAUUGGAUGAAACGCCUCCAGUGCCCAAUUUGGCCCCGAACAACUCUGAUACGCCGUCGGUGGUUUUAGUGUUUUUCAUUGGGGGAUGCACGUUUGCAGAGAUUUCUGCGUUGAGGUUUUUGUCGCAACAAGAAGACUCGAACGUGGAGUUUGUUGUCGCGACAACAAAGCUGAUAAAUGGAACAAGUUUUUUAAAGUCUAUUAUUGAUGUUUAAUCCUGUUUUAUGCUUAUCUUAAUUCAUGUAUCUGUCAAUGUAAUGGAUCGUUUCAAAUGCCACUUCGACCAUAAUGAGGACAAUUAUCAUCCAUUCUAGCCGGACAUGAUGCUUAUCACUCAAAUGCGUUGAUAAGAGUUCAAUCAACUCGACACAAUGAUUGAUUUUUUCGUUCAUGACCUAGAAACUGACGAUAAAUACACGAAAAGGGGGCCGAAACAACUCACUCUCGUCCGUUUCGCAAUCGCAAAAUAAUUACACACUUGCAAGUAUAAAUUUUCUAGUUGUUCAUUCUCCCAGUAGAAAUCGGGAGUAUCUAAAAGAUCCGAACUCAAAUUAAUCAUGUGUCUCAAAGCGAACAAUUCGCCAUGUUUCCUCAACACCUCCUCCCGAGACAUCCUAAUUUUAUUCCCAUUCUUCAAGUCUUCUGUAACAAACUCAAUUGUCCCAAUGUAGCGCUCCAGCGACGCCUCCCAUAUGGCCAACUUCACACUCAGAAUCAUCGCAUUCGAAAACGUGUACUUAUCCAAAUCGAUCUCACUGUUGUCAACCGUGGCCACCAACAAGUCCCCGUCUUUGGCCAAGGCACUAGGCAGCCCCUCUUUCUGGUGCCUGUAAGUCAUUAUUUCGCACUCCUCCUGCACCAAACUCUCCGAAUGACUCUCCAAUUCGAACUCGCGCAAAAAACUAAGAACAUUACUACUCUCUAAUUCGGUCACGUUCCACAAAACAACACUGCCUUCGCGGAAGAAAAAAAUCUCGCGGGGCUCCUGAUCAACUUGAUAUUUGGCCACGGCGUGCACCACAUCCGACGCAUUUGCGAUCACUUUGGGUUCGUACAAAUCCAACUGUUUUAACCCCUGGAUCAGGCGCUCUAAAUCGUACUCUUCAGCGGUGGCGUACGCAACAACACUGUAUAGGCCAGGGGGGCGCACUAAUUCAUCCUCUAGGAUUUUUUUCUUACGGAUUGGGCGCUUUUUGAGCUGCAACGUUGAAAUAUUGUCCUGAAUACAGCGCGAAUUUGAUGAAAAAGGACGCAAAGUGAGGUUAGGGUAAAGUGUCACACGAGUGGUACAAUACGAUGUGACGCGGCUCAAAUAAGACUCGGGCAUGACCCGAGUGAUCUGGGAGGCCCA